UAUGUCACAUUGUAGGCCCACACUCAAAGGAAUAAAAUCAACCGCAGCAAGCAUCGUAUGGCCCACACUGCCGGCUCAAGGAGCUUUGCUCAAGUGCGUGAAGAAGAGUGGGCAAAGAAUCUUGGUGGAGAGUCUCCUGAUCGGGCAACGUUGUUCAUAACGACCCAUCAGAAGAAAGAUGGGAGUGUUGUGAACGAGGAGUCGGCUCAUGUUAUUGAAAUGAUCGAGGAGUUAUGGGCAACUCAGACUGCUGAGUCCUCUCAGAGUAGCACUGCCUGAGACGAUCUCUUAUCCCAGAUAUUAGGACCAAAGCAUCCGGGCCGGGUCCGCAUGAUGGGGUUAGGUCCCACAACUUCCACGUUAUGGGGCACAAGAAAUACCAUUGCAGAACUCAGGAGGGAGACUGAUGAGUUGCGACGACACAUGAAUGAGCGGGUAGAGCAACUAGUGGAGGAGCGGAUGAAAGAACAGAUGGCUAAGCAUCUAAAGCAAAUGGAGCAACGGAUGACAGAGCGAAUAACGGAGCAAAUGGAGCAACGGAUGACAGAGCGAAUAACAGAGCAGAUGAUGGCACGAAUGUGAGAUACUAUAAACUCAUUGGCUGCAACAAACCAAACUUCGAGCAAUGUACUAAAUGUAGAGGCUGACUCAGUAUCCACUCCAAGGGAUAGACCUGAGGCUGAGGGACCUCAGUCGAAGGUUCCGAAGAAUCAGUAGGUCAAGUCGUAUUUAUGUGUAUUUAUGUGUUUGACAUGCAAAAGAAUCCAAGGGCUGUCUUAAAAUGAGGGUUGCAGAUUGGAAAAAGGUGGGCCAUACUUUUUUGCUUCAUGCUUUGUUUGCUAAUGAACUUGGAGAUCUAGGAAUGUCUGAUGGUUUGAACUAUGAGAACCAAAUUAUUGUUGGAUUCUUAAUACAAAUGACCAUAUCGCUUGGGACUGGGAGUGAUGAAGUGCAAGUGCAAAAUGCAUUACCCCUGUAUGUUCUGUUGGCAAAACCUGUUUCUGAUAUUACAGUUUCAGAGCAUUCUGUAGUUUAUCAGCUCAGGAGGACAUGCAUUCUGAAGGCUUUCUCUAAGUUUGGGAGUGGAGAUAAAAAAGAAGCCACCUUUGUUAUUCCUGAGCUUAGGAAGUUGUCAGCUGAUGGCAAAGCUGGCAAUCUCACCAUCUUACUUUUUCUUCAGGGGAAACCGCAAUUACUUCCAGUGAAAGUGAUCUACUCAAAGACCAAUUCGAUCUGGCAUCUUUUCCAUGUGAUGUAACAUCGAUGGAUGCCUACUUGAUAAAGUUCUUCCCAGUCGUCUAUCGAAAGACCAAAGAUCCUGGUUUGGACAGCCAUUACUGCAAAUACGACAACCACGGCCUUCAGCUAUUGAUCACAUCAUCGUUGUAUCUGGCUGGCUUGAUUUCGUCCUUCUUCGCAUCCUACACCAUAAGAAACCUCGGUCGGAGGCUGACCAUGCUCAUUGCAGGGAUUUUCUUCAUCAUUGGCGUGGUGCUAAAUGCAGCUGCCCAGAACCUUGCCAUGCUCAUUAUAGGAAGGAUCUUCCUGGGGUGUGGAGUCGGCUUCGCUAAUCAGGUCUUUUUCUAGUUUCACUUCCGAUUCCUCAGGCAUGACCAUUUUUAUCCCCUUUUGUAACCAUGACAUAUGUAGAUUCCCAUUAAAAUGGCAUUCACCUUAUUUUGCUAGCAGUGUCAUUACUAAGAUCAAGAUUCACGGAAUUUUGGUGCAACAUAAUAUCUAUAAGUCUGAUAAUUAAUUGUUGAAUACAUGUCGAUAUUUCAUUGGCAGUUUCAAGUUAUUUUUUAAAAAUCUUUUUCUUUUCUUUUGUUUUUGUUGAUUGGCAGGUAAGCAAGGUUCAAAUCUGAGACCUCAAUGUUGAAAUGCACCCUGUCUACCAUUGAUCUA